UGUAGGAGCGAGUGUAGGGAAUAAUUUCCCCUUCCUUCCCCCAAUUCUCCACUUCUUCCCUCUGCCGCGAGACAGAUGUGUCUGCUCUAUGAUACAGAGAAAGAGAAAGGAAAUUUUAACUGCGCUAGCAAUCCUAUUCUUCGCGUCUAACCUCUGCCAAGCAUUGUAUGGACCAUCAUCUCCUGUAGUCCAGCUAAAUCCCUCCAACUUUGAGUCCAAGAUUAAUUAAGGGUUAAGGUCUCUAAUGGACAAGGUAGUGGAGGCGGUGGAGAAGUUGAAGAAGGAAUGGGACGAAGCAUACGCUAAAACGCGAGAACAUAUUAAGGCAAUUGAGGAAUAUGGCAAAUCAAGACGAGGAGAAGUAGCAACUACCCAGGAGAAGAAUUCUCUUCCCAGAUUGAAUGGUUUGGCACAAGAUGGUCUCGCUUUGCUCCAAUCUUUGCAAUUUAAGCUUGAUCUUCUUGCCCCUCAAUUGCCUACUGAUGAUAAAGUGAACUCAGCACAAGCCUUGCUAGAAUCAUGGAAGAACCAAUGCCAAAAUAUGCGGUUGAGUUUAAGAAAUGCUAAUUUGCAAGCGAAGGCAAACAUGAGGAAAGCUGCUCAGGAAGAGAGAGAACUUCUAUUGGGUGGUGGAGAAGAGUCCACAAUUCGCAGACGCAAUUUGCAAACAAAGGCUGGGAUGACAUCUGCUGCAGAAAGCAUCACUGAAAGCCUUCGGCGUACUCGUCAGCUAAUGGUUCAGGAGGUUGAAAGAAGUGCUAGCACUCUCAUGACUUUUGAGGAAUCAACGGGGGUAUUAAGGAAGGCUGAAAGUGAAUAUAAGGGCCAUCGCUCAUUAUUGAUGCGGACCCGAAAUCUUCUUUCCACAAUGCAACGUCAGGAUGUUCUUGACAGAGUGAUACUUGCUGUAGGAUUUUUCUUGUUCUCUUUUGCUGUUCUUUAUGUGGUUUCAAAGCGCAUCGGGCUGCUUAAGUUGCAGAGAACUGUCACUGCUGCCAUAAAGGCUGGUAUGGAUCGACGAGGUGAAAUCAGACCAAGAGGUGUUGAAGAUGGGGUGGAUAUUGCUCAGGUUUAUGAAAAUGUCGUUCGCAAGGGUGAGGUACCAUUGGAUCAGCCUAUGCAUGACGAACUUUAGGAUUGUAGUUUUCCUUCUUAGAAAGGAAGGAUUGUGUUCUCUGCUACGGGCUUCUAUUUUUCUCUGCUAGAGCAGUAGGCUCUAAUAUUUUGCAUUUUUUUGUCUCUUAUUAUCUUUUAGAUUAAUUUGAUCAGAUGAUGUGAUCUAUAAAUAUUGAUUCAACAA